CACGAGAGUUGCAAAAACAACCAACGGGGGUCGGUUACUCAAUGUCACCGAGUUUUACCACUGAGCAGGACGACAAAAGCACCUUUUAAAUCGCCAAUGUGGUUAUAUUUGGAUAAAUAUAAGAUCAUUUCCGAUAAGGCAAUGGCCUCUUGAAGAGGUCCCCCAACCUUCCUCCCCUUCUCCUAGUUACAGCUCCACUGGUCCACCAUGUCUACCCAGAUAUGGAGAGGGGUUGACCUGAUGAUGCGCUCUGCUUGCUGCCAGACCAUCAGAAGUAACGUUAGGCCCUGUUUGCACCAAGCAGUGUUGGCCUCUGUGUGUCAUUCUGGCCUUUGUGUCCCCGCGGCUCCUAUGCUUCAGAGAAGGGCCUACAGCCUCUCUUCUGGUCCUGGUCGACCCACACUAGGUCCAAGCUCCGACCACCCAGGUGCAGAGAGGACUUCCUCCUCCUCAGCACUCACACACAGGAACUUGUCUGCCGUGGCUGUACAGGGUCAAUGUCGUCCCCUGUGCCGGUAUGACUCCCUGGACCUUGGGGAGGUAGAGGAGAAUGUACGCCGUGCUCUAGCCUGUAAAAAAAUAAGACACUUCAUAGUGGAUCCAGACCUGGCUGAAUUGGUAACACAGCAUCUCGGACCUGAGAAUGCUAGAAGUGUUAUCUUCGAAUGUAACCCAGGUCCCGGGGUGUUGACGAGGACACUGCUAAAUGCUGGUGCUCAGAGAGUGGUGGCUCUUGAAGGGGAUAAGUUAUUCCUUCGUGAUCUACAGGAGUUGGAAGGUCGCCUUGAUGGUCAGCUGGAAGUGGUUCACUGCGACUAUUUCAAACUAGACCCCAUCGGUGUUGGAAACCUCAGACCCCCUGUAAUGUACACUGACAAACUGUUUACUGACCUGGGAAUAUCAGAAGCUAGCUGGACUGAUGAUAUCCCAGUGAAGGUAGUGGGCAUCCUGCCUCUGCGUAAUGAACGUGGCACGCUGCUGAAGAUGGUUUACGCUUUGUUUGAACGGCAGUCCGUCUACAGAUACGGAAGAGUUGAGCUCAACCUCUUCAUAAGCGAGAAAGAAUAUCUGAAACUUGUAUCCCGUCCAGGUGAAAUGAUGCAAUACAGAGCCUUCAGUGUCCUCUGGCAGAUGGCCUGUGAUAUUGAACUACUGCACAAGGAGCCCUGGGAGUCAUUUGUGAAGUCUUCAAAACAGAGAGUGCCGAGCUCCAAGAACCAGCUUCCCAAUGAGCACUUGUGCCUGGUGCGUUUGCGUCCGCGGGCUGAUCUGUUCUCUGGGGGCCUCACUCCUACCAAUGCUUCAACUCUGCUGAUGAUGAUCAAACAGUGUAUGGCAAAGAGGAAGGUCAAGCUCAUUGACCGGCUCAACCUGUGGUCUCCAGAUAGUGGGAGUAAGCUGUUAUCGGAGAUGGGCAUGUUGGAGGACAUACUGACUGGUCAUGUAUACCCAGAGGAGUAUCUUCGACUAUUCCAGCUGAUAGACAAGAGUCAGGAGUUCACACAGAGCUGGCUUUAUGAAGAGAUUCUGGAGAACCCACAGAGGGAGGGUUGGGGCUAAUAAUAGACACACAAGCGUUAGUUGUAGUUUUAUACAAAUUGAAUACACAAGUAAAAGAAGUAUACACACAUGUAUAAUGAUAAUGUUACAUUAAAACAAACAAUAUGUGUGAUGAAAAAGACAAAAGAUUCAUGCAACAUACAAGAAUACAUAAAAGUAAGAGGUGGAAUGGAUGCAGCAGGUCUCUGCAGUUAAACAAUUAAUAUUGCAUAAUAAAGGUUUGCAUGUCCAAGAACGCUGUAUAAGAAGCCCCAUGGUGCACCAGGUCAUGCAAAUACUAUUUUAUUUGGGAAAUGUGCAUAUUAUCCAAUGAUUUAUGCAACUGCAGUUUUGCUGGUGACCGCAGUGUUGCAACCAAACCCUGCGUGUGUCUUUUAUUGCAUAGUUUUUCAAACAGAAGUAGCAAUGCCGGAAGAAGAGUCUAGUCUUUGUAUUUUUUUUGUAUUCCUUAAAAUUACUUGUGUAACGUUUUCAAUGUCUGAAAUGUCAUGUAUCAUGGUUUGUGUAAAUAAUUUGUAAUAAAAAUAUUA